CACUCCUACCACAGAGGACUUCAUAAACAAGAAUUUCUCUCUCUACGCAGUUGCCUGUCCAAGAUCUGUCCUGUGAGGAAGGCGUCUCUUAAAGCUAAGCCAGCACGAACAAAACUACACCAACCAAGAUGGUCCUAACAUCGACAGCGGUUUUGGGGGCUGUGGCCAGCUUUGGGGUGGCCACACUUAUUGUCCCUGCUGCACUUGGAGCAGUAGGGUUCACUGGAGCUGGAAUUGCAUCUGGGUCUCUGGCUGCAAAAAUGAUGUCAUUAUCGGCCAUAGCCAAUGGUGGAGGAGUGGCAGCUGGGAGUCUUGUUGCUGUAUGUCAGUCAAUCGGUGUUACAGGGCUGUCGGUGGCUACCAAAGCUGCUGUGACAGUUGGCGGAGCGCUGCUGCCUCUCAUCUUGUAAAGAAAAGACACAAAGGUAGAUGACCAUGUCCUUGGGAAGAAGAGCACUUGAAGAACUAUGCUUUCCUACUAAUCAAAAGGACACCACCCCCACCUUGCAUAACUUGUUAAGAUUUAUCAUAGCAAACAGAGAGCAUUUCGCUAACUUCCUACUGGCUAAAAUGUGCAAAAGCAAAUAAAGCUUUGAACAUUUAAAAAAAA